AUGUCGGCGGCAAUGGACAGAGCCUUGAUGGCUCUUUCACUAGAGGAAGAAGAUGAACCGUUCGAAAUGCCGGAUCUGCCGGGGAAGGAAGGUAGAUCUCGAGGAGUGGCUCUGUCCAAGGAGCGCUUUCAAUUCUUCUUCGACCAUGAGUAUGAUUUGCUUGAUGUUUUGGCGAAAGGAGUCCAUACCUUCAAUGAAUGGACUCUGGCGAUAGAGAGGUGGGUUGAAGAACCACAUUAUCUGCAGUAUAUUCCGUUGUGGCUGCACAUAAGCAACAUUCCUAUGAAUUACUACACAAAGGAAGUUAUCAUGGCGCUUGGAGAGCUGCUGGAUCAGGUGGGGAUAAGCUCGGUUACAAGAAGGCCGAAAAUUGUAAAAGAGGUGCUGGAUGAAAUGAGACAGUACUUGAUGCUGGCUACCGAAGAAGAUAGCUUUGAAAGGAAAGAAAGAGUAAGAAGCUCAGUAGCUGCUGUGGAACAAGACCCUAUGCUGCAGCGUACAGUGCUGAGACUUGAGGCACCUCCCAUUAUUUCUCAAGACUUUGAUAAAGGGAAGGGGAUAGUGUUCAGCUGUGAGGAAUUAAAGAAUCCGGAAGCCGGAAGCCGAAGGAGGGCAGAAAUCAACAGGAGAAAUUGA